AUGAUGCGCUCCACGCGUCCAAAGAAACUCACCUCCAAGCAACCUAUCCCUAUAUUCCGUGAAGAUCAAAUCGAUAUCAUCGAAGAUGACCUCCAAACUACUCUACAGGCCAUUGAUACUGGUGUUGAGAAGGCUGAGGAGACCGAAUAUCAUCUCCAAGCUGCAAUAAACGCUGCUGCCCGCGGGAACAUUGCACAGGCGCAUAUCCCUACCCCUGAAACUGUAACAAGCUCUAUCAAAUAUGAUACUCUGUACAGGCCCACAUUCUCACAGCCUGCGACGUACAUCCGCUUUUCGUCAACGGUGGAAGACUGUAGUGGGUGUAGUUAUAACUUAGUCGAAGAGGACGAUAUUGCUCUCAAGAUUAUGAACCAGAAGAAGGGUGCUUCCACGCAAUGUACAGAGGAUCAAUUCGAAGAGUUCAUGGCCUUCUUCGAGGAGACCGCCCAAACAAAGCAACCAUUUGCAUCGGUCGACAGCCCUCCAGUUCUCUCAUAUUCUGAAAUGGAACAUUGCUUUGACGGGCUCGUAGACGAAAAUGCAAGGAGGUUUGCCAGGGAUAUAUAUGAACAUUGGAAAUCCAGGAGAACCAAAUGUGGAAAUCGACCCCUGCAGACUGGGCUCAAAUUUGAGACUGGUCAGGAAACAGACGAUGGAGAUCCCUAUGUGUGCUUCCGUAGAAGGGAAGUGCGACAAAUUCGCAAGACCCGUGGUAGGGAUGCCCAGAGCGCCGAGAAGCUGCGGCGACUGAGAAAGGAGCUGGAAGAAGCUCGGGAGUUGGUCGCCAUGGUACGACAACGCGAAUUAGCAAGGAAAGAGUUGCUUGUCGCUGAGCGACAAGUGUUUGUCCAACGGGCUGAAGUAAAGGAGAUGAAAAGAAAACUUGGUAUCAAGGACGAUGAUGAUGACCUCGUCAACCAAAGGGUAAGAAUUGUGUUUCGCAUACGACCUGAGAUCCCUCUUGCUAAUGUCCCAUCACAGCAGCCAAAGAAACGGCCGCCAGAAGUACCAGCUAGCAGUCGUCCAGUCGCCACACAGCUUCGCAUGCCCCCCCGACCUAGUGGACAGCCAGGAGAGGACUUGGUGCUGCUGGAAGAUGUACAAGCAGAUAAAGAAAGCGAAGUUCUGCGAGAAAUCAAGCAAAACAUUGCGAAACAUUCUAAAUGGAAUGAGGGAUACGUUGAUUGGACCACAGCACCACUUACUCCAACUUCAGACCAUAGCUUCGAUGCUGAGUUCCGCCCAGCAAUCACCACAGAAUAUCUCCCCACGCCUCCAGCUUCGGAGUCCUCGGAUCAUUCUCGAGACGCCUUGGAAGAGGUUAGCCGUUUCGAUGCGCUGACCAAAUUCGCGAGGACGGUUCAACAGUGUAUCCCUUCAGACGAAGAGUCUAGUAGAAACAUGCCAUCCUUCCGGCGUCGCAUAGGACGGGGUGGGCGAAUGAUGAUCGACCGCCGCAACCUUCCAUUCCGAAAUAAGUCGGAGGCUGAUCCGAUAAAACUCGAGCGGUUCAAGUAUGAUCAAGACGAUGAGGACAUGGAUCCGAUAUAUGAAAUGGAUGAGUUUGACAUCCAGAUCAUGCAGCAUCGAGCGUAUCUGUCAGCCAAGUCGAGAGACCAGGCGGCAGCGCAAGCCCAGUUUCAAGCCCAUGUGCAAGCCCAACGGCGCUUACAGGGUGAAACCCCUGUGAUGGCGGGGGCAAAUAAUUCCCACAACGGGACGAACAACGUAGUACUGAAGGGGCCGGCAGCUCAAACUCCGUCUUGAUGUGUUUUUUCUCCCAUUUACCCGUUUAGCAUGGUCGGCGUUUGUGAAUGGUUCGGUUUCUCAGGUUUUCUGUGUUUCAAAUCGCGUUUCGUCGUCGAAAUAUCUAGAGAGGAGUUGGUCAGGCUUCAUAUUGAAAUUCUCACUCACACAAAUCACCUUUUGGGAGGGAUCCUGGACUUUCGUGCAUUUUUUUACCUUGACUCUUUUCCCUUGUCAUCC